AUGAGAGAUUUGGAGGCUGCGAAGGAAGAAGUUAGUAGGCUUAAGCUAGAUGUAGAUUCUGUUUUGGGAGAGAAGGUUGCACAAGAGAAGAAAGUGUUGAAAAUUGGGUUUAAAAUGGAAGAGAAUUUGAGAUUAAUGGAGAGUCUUAAGCAGGAGAUAGAGACUGCUAAUGAGGAACAUUUUUUGGUUGAGUUAGGAAAGAUGGAUGCAUCAAUGGAAUGUAAAGAGAUAGAAAGGCUGAGAGAGGGAGAAGGAGAAGAAGUUUUGGAUUUCCUGGUGGAAAAGAAUAAGAAAAUCAAGAAAAUGGUUGAAGAAGCAGAUAGAUCAAAUGCUAUUGAGGUUGUGUUGUUUGAGACUACUUCAGAUGUUGAAAUGUUACAGACACAGCUAAAUCUUGUCAAGAAAAUGGAGAGGAGCGUAUACAAGAGAAACACGAGCAUGUCGAGAUCAAACCGUUCUUUUGAAAGAGGAAAAUGUACUUUAACGUUUUUGAAAGAAAUAACAGAAGAGACUGAAGCGAAAAAGGAGGCACGAGCUUCUCUUAACGCAGAACUCUUCAAGCUCAUGAGGGUAAUGGAUGAGUUGAGAAAGCAAAUCACCCAAGCCAAAUAA